UGCGGUUUAGGAAGGUGGUGGAUUUUUAGGCAUGUCAAAUGAAAUAUUCCGCAUAGUUUAGAUGAUUCUGGGUUUUUAGACGGAUCUUCUUGAGUCUUUAGGCAUGACAGGAUGUGAAGAUUCGGUAGUUGAAUUGAAGGUGUCUUUAGUCAGUUAAACAAGUCAUGCUGUCUAAAAAGAAAGACAGUGGCCUAAAUGAUGGAAUUGCUGGAAAAUAUGUUAAGAGAGAAACACCUCCAGUCCUGAGGAAUUAUUACAAUGAUGCCAAACAAGAUUCUAACUUCCAACGAAGAGGGACGAAGACGCUGGCUCCAUACACUCCACCAGUAACAACCAGUGCUCCGAAUGUGCCGUCCAUUCCUCUACCACCAAAACCCCAAGGGCAGACGAAUUCUGGCAAAACUUUGAUAUCUCAAAAACAUGCUACAGAUCCAUCCACCCACCAUUAUGAAAACUUACCAAUGCGGCCGUCAACAAUCACCACUGCAGUGAAUAUCAGUCAGCAAGAUGGUGCACAAGGGGUACAGGGUGAUCCAGCUGGUGCUACAGGGCGUACCAUGGCUUCCUACCAAGGUCAUCAUGCUACCAGGCCUAACACGCUAGUACCACAGGCCUACCAGGCUACUGGUCAUUAUAAGACUGAUCACAGUAACCAUUUGGUGACAUCAGUUGGGACCACAUUAGCUGCUGGCUCUGAAUUUACUGACCCAAAUGCCCAGUACUUCAUGCUGCAGGCACAACCACAUCAGCUAGUCCAAGGGGAACUCUACACACAAUAUGAGGAGCAGGCUGAUCCUCAGACAUACUACACCCAAGCAGACAUGUUUGAUCAAUAUGCUGCCAUUCAGUCUAGUCAGUACCAGAUGGGACUGCAGCCUGGAGUUGGUCGGGUCAUCUACUCGCAGCCUGUCAGCAUUGCACAGGGGGCUGCAUUCAGUUAUCCACAGCAGCAGAAUGUGGCCAAGUCUCCCGGGCAGCUGCAGCUCCAAGCAGGUAUAGCACAACCACGGAUGACUGGUGCUACUUCAGCUAAAUCACCUUAUCAGAAUAUCCAGCAGACACUUCCAUCCCAAGUGUUUCUUCCAUCGCAACGUGGACAGGUCACUCCUACAGGAGCCUUGUCACAGAGGGGACAGGUCACUCCUACAGGAGCCACGACACAGAGGGGGCAAGUUACUCCAACUGGUGUCACUUCUCUUCAGCACACGCACAUCUCACAAAGAGGACAGGUUACACCAAUAGGUCAGCAAACAGCGGCAGCACUCCUUCAGCAUCAGAUGGCAUUUGCUUCACAGAAAGGACAGUUUAGUCAAACUGGCCAAGUGGCUGCCAUGGUGCAACAACCAAGUCGAAGUUUGACCACUCCAACGGGUCCUCAGCCUACGCAGUCUCCACGAGGUCAAGCCACACCAACUGGCCUGUUACCUGGGACAUCAUCAGUGCUGCAGCAAUCAAUACGCAGUGCACCCACUCCAACUGGUCAACAGUCCAUAAUGGCCAGUCUUGCACAACAACUCUCAAGAGGUCAGGCAACCCCUACUGGGCCACAAUCUGCUGCUACAUCCUCACAGCAACAAAGUGCUCAAGGACAAGUGACUCCAACUGGGCAACAGCAGUUCAUGAGAGGUCAGGCUACUCCGACGGGACAACAUGCUUUGAACUCUAUCUUACAAUCCUCUAUGCGCUCGCAGGUAACUCCCACUAGUCAAGCAAACACGUCUCUUGCCCAGCAACAAUCGAUACGAAGUCAAACCCCAACUGGUCCACAACCAGUCUCUGUACAGCAGCCUUCAAGAGGACCAGUGACUCCCACUGGAGCACAGAUCAUAUCGGCAACCUUACAACAAACGAUGAUUGCUCAAGCUAGCCAGCAGACAACUAAUCAACAACUUGCAAUCUUACCAUCACCUAGAGGCCUUGCUACACCCACUGAUCAGCCGAUGUUGACCGCUUCUGUUCUGCAACACACGGCAUUUCCUCGGGGUCGGAUCACGCCAUCAGGGCAGGCGACCUUGUCACCGUUACUCCAUCACCAGAUCUUCCCCACUCCUCGAGGUUCGGUCACCCCGACUGGUCAGCAGAUACCCACCCCUACUCAGCAGCAGUCCUUGUUUGUUACACAGAGGGGUCAGCUCACACCAAGUGGACAGCCAGUAACCACAGUAUCGAUGGGUGUAUCGCCCACUGGUGAGCUUCCACUACCCCUUGGCUGGACAUUAGAUUGGACAGUAAGAGGCCGCAAGUACUACAUUGAUCAUAACACCCAGACGACACACUGGAGUCACCCAUUGGAGAAGGAGAGUCUGCCUACCGGUUGGGAGAAGAUUGAAUCUCAAGAACAUGGACAAUAUUAUGUCAAUCAUAUCACGUGCACUGCCCAGUAUACUCAUCCCUGUGCUCCACUCACACCCCAUGAAAGACUCCAACUACAACAUGAGCUCUUGUUGCCCAAGCAGAUACAGUAUAGACAACAGAAAAGCCUUGUGCCAGCUAAUCCGUACUUAAAUACUGAAAUCCCAGACUGGUUAUAUGUUUAUUCAAAAGCACCUCCAGAACAUGACCAUAAACUUAAGUGGGAGUUAUUCCGGUUGUCAGAACUUGAAUGUUUUGAUGCGAUGUUGACGCGUCUGUUCAAGCAAGAAUUGGAAGAAGUUGUGAUGGGUUACGAGGCUUACCGUUUGGCCCUGCUGAGGGAGAGUGAACGGCGGCUCCAACAAGAACAAGCUCAGCAGCGAGUGCUGCAACAGAAUGCACAAAUGAAUGGCUGAGAAUAUGCUGCCUCAAAUGGCUGUAAAUGUUGGUUAAUCAUUGUCUUCCAUGCGCUUGGUUCUACUCUGGAUUUAUAGGGAGAUUAUUGGCCAAAGAUCGUCCCGAUUAUAACGCACCAAUACAGGAACCAAUGUUGGAUGCCCGUAUGUUGUCAAUCUUUCGUAGUGUUUCAUUCAUACACCUUCAACAUUGUCUUCUCAAGCUCACCGGGAGUUGGCUGAUCAAAACCUCAUGCCAAUUGACACUUUGAAAUACAUGUAGUAUUGAAAAAGAGGAUCACCCAUGUGCCUUCAUAAGAAAUUUGUGAUGAAGCUGUUCAUUUGCUGCUGAUCUGACUUUCUCUGUGAUGGCCAGUCUGUUGAAUUCGAUAGGUGCUUUACAGCAGCAGUUGUGAUAGAGCAUGAUCUAUGACAUUUGUUUACCAGUGAUGUUAAAUACCACCAUCUUUCACUGCCGUCUUUGUGGUAAUAUCUUUUGAUCAUACGCCGUAAUUUAUUGUGAAUCAGGUGCUUUGACAAACACAUUAUAUGUAAGUGCAACAUUGUUUACUCCUAACGUGAGGGGUCAAUCUACAGUGUACUUUUAAAUAGGAUUGAUCACAUUUUAUUUUGGAUUUGUAAUGUUUUGUUAGGCAUAUCUAUCUGAAAACCUGUUCAGAUUUUUAAAUUGAUUCACCUGUGUCCAAAGAUGCUACCUGAUCUAUGCAAAUGAUUCGUCUUGAAUAGAAUGUGCCUUACAUGAGAGGUUCAUGCAUGGUUUUCACUUUUGCGUACAGCUCAGCUUGUAUUGGUCGUAUUCUAAGCUACAUUUUCAAGUAUCCUUCAACCAUGAUAUUUAUCGACCGUGUUAACUGUAUUUCUGUUUCUGUCUCUAGUUGAAGUAGAAUGUAGGCCCAUGCCUUGGUUUUCACAAAAUCUGAUGAUUUCAUACAAUAUUUGCAGGCAGAACUAGAAACCCAUUGUUUGAAAAAGGUUUCAUUGUCGUUGAGUGAUAUAAUAGCUGGUGCAAUUUAUUGUUUAGAAUCAUACAUGUACGUUGUUUUAUAUCAUGAAGAAUUUGUAAAUUUGUGUUCAUAAUUUAAUUACAGUUGUACAUUGAGAAGUGUAAGUAGAUUAAGUUUGCAUGUAAAUAAAUGACAAAUAUAUUGCAAAGAUGCAAUA